GGGCGGUGAGGGUGGCUGGCAAAGAUGGCCGCCAUCCGGGUCUAUUACACCAGCGUUACGGGGUCUAGAGAGGUGAAGCAGAGGCAGUCAGAAGUCCUUCGCAUCCUUGAUGGAAACCACAUGAAGUAUGAGUUAGUUGACGUGUCCAUCAGUGAAAGUUUGCUUCAAGAAAUGAGGGACAAAGCUGGCAACCCUAAUGCAAUCCCACCUCAGAUCUUUAACGGAGACCAGUACUGCGGGGACUCCCAAAUGCUCUACGAAGCAACUGAGAAUGAAGAAGUUAGGAAGUUUUUGAAGAUGUCAGCCAUAGAGAAGACAGCAAGGGGAGAGAUCGCUAUCUGA